GCCUGUGAAUCCUGUCGAAAGAAGAAGACGCGAUGCAAUGGCGGCAGGCCUAUGUGCAAUCGCUGCAUUGAAACCACCACAGAGUGCAUCUACCGCUCCGAUGAGGAGGAAAAGAAGGUAUUAGCCCUGGAAAUGCGCAUUAGCGAGGUGAUCAACGAGUUGGAACAGCUGCGCGAGCUAUACGGCAUAAUACACUCACGGUCGACCGAGGAGGCACAAGAGAUCUUCAACCGCAUACGGACGAACAGUGAUCCCAUCGAGGUCUUGCAGAUGGUCAACGCCUCAGAUCUACUGCUACAAGGGACUUUACCCGAAGAGACAGGC